GCUUGUGUUUUUGUUAUUGUUGUGAAGGGGUUCUUGGGACAGCUCAUCUCGGCGAAUGUCAGUGUAUAUUACGCUUCUCAUCAGUCUUAUCGAUGUGUUUUCUUCUUUAUAACAGAACAUCGUUUCUCUGUCGGAAAUUAUUCUGAUCAUCUAACCUAAAUCGGCUGCCAUGGAGAAGACACGGGGGGUCGAGUUCAGAAAUGUGGGAAGUUGCUAUUUCCCUCAGAGCAGAGUGGACUGUCACUAUACCGUCAACCAGCAUCACACAUGGGCCAGUAAUGACUGGAUUGGACUUUUUAAGGUUGGCUGGUCAUCGGUCAUGGACUACCAUACGUUUGUGUGGGCAGUGGCUCCAUCCAGCUACAAAGAGGGGACUUCCGUCAACUGCUGUGUUAAUUUCCAAGCUUCUUAUCUACCAGGGCCCAGUGCUCAGCAGUACCAGUUUGUGUAUGUGGAUGGAAAGGGAGAUGUUUGUUCUGUCAGCACUGACUUUACCUUCUCGGCCCCGAAGCCUUUGGAAGAGCUGGUGACCCUGGAAGAGGAGGGUCAGGGAGAGGAAGUGGGAGAGGACAUGUUGCUGGUUAUCCCGAGAGCCCAGCUACUGCAGAGGCACCUGCAGGACUGUCUGAAGGAACGUGCCGAGCUCCUCCAGGCUCUGGAAGCAGCGGACCAGAACGUGGUGAGAGAGAGAGACAGGAGCGAGAGAGACAGAAGCUACUGGGAGCAGAGCCGAAGGGAAAUUGAGCGAAAGAUCAGCGAUCUGAAGGAGGAAGUGAGGGAAUAUAAAGAGAAAGUGGAGGAGAUGAAGAAAAAGCAGAAGGAAGUGGAGGACAUAAGUGAGGACCUGGCAGAGGAGAAGAGGGCCCUCCUGGCUCAAAAAGAAGCGAAUGAGCAAAGAAUCAGAGAGCUAGAAGAGGAUAUUAAAGUUCUGACACAAAGAGGCCUGGAGAGAGAGACUGACCUAGAAAGGAUGAGGGAACGAGCCAAGAAAGCUGCACUUCAGAAGAAGGAAGAUGAGGAUGAGGAGAACAACCUGAAGUUAAAGAUGGAGCGGACGGAGAAAGAACUGCACAGCUUGUCUUCAGAGUUUCAGAGUCUGAGAAGCUCACUGGCACAGAGAGAUACACACGCCCUACAGCUUGGAGACACCAUCACAACCCUCACACACAAACUCAACAGCGCGCACAGGAAGGAGGCAGCCAGUGAAGUGGCUUUGGGGGAGCUCCGGAGCUUUCAGGAGCGUCUGAACAUGAGCGAGCGCUUUGUAGAAACUCUGAGGGGUGAGCUGAGAGACAUGGUCGCUCAGAGGGACACAGCGCACGCCGAGCUCCAUCAGGCCCGUCUGCAGGCCGCACAACUCACCCUCCAGCUGGCAGAUGUCAGCCUGGCUUUAAGAGAGGGCAGAGCCAGCUGGGCACAAGAGAGAGAGAACCUACAGAAGAACACUGAGAUGGAUAAAGCUCGUCUUGACCGACUGAAUGACGAGAUCCAGCAGAAGGAGGAGAUGUUGCAGGAGGCGAAGAUGGAGAAAGAGAGAGCGGUGGUGGAGCUGGGGCGGGAGAAAGACUGCAAUCGGGUUCAGCUGAGCGAGACUCGUCGUGAGCUACAGGAGCUGAAGGCCAGUCUCAGGGUGGCUCAGAAAGAGAAAGAACAGCUCCAGACAGAAAUACAGGAAGUGAUGGAGUACAGCCGUCAGCUGGAGAGAAGACUGGAGGUGCUGAGCGACUCUAAAUGGAGUGAGACAGGCCUGCUGCAGAACAGCCGUGCAGAAAGCCCCCUGCUGUCUGAUUCUGAGGACGAGAACCCGGAGGCCUUGCAGGACGCACACUCGUCUGGCCCUUUGAACCACUACAGUCUGUGUGAGCAGCCCCAACCUGACCUGCUGCUUCCUGCCACCCCGCCACCUUCUCCCAGACACCCCUGUGGUUUGGACAUGGUGGUCAUCAGCCAACCUGCUCCCCUCUCAUCUCCACACCAGCCCAGUGCUUACACACACCCUCAUAGCUCAGAGUCGGAGGACGAGUACGAGGCUGCUGUGUCAGGAGGUCACAGCUACGGAGAAGAGACGGCCCUUCUCCUUCCUGACAACAGAGAUGCCACCCUCGGUGAUCUGGCGGAGAGCCCCCUGUGGUGAGGAGAGGGACUGCAGGAGUGCGCAUUGUGGACGGCUUUGCUCCAUCCUCAACAUGUUACGAGUUUUGUAAUUAGAAGCAUUUGCGCUUUAUAUCAUAUUUAAAUAUGCAGUUUGCUUUGUCCUUUAUAUGCACUUAGAAUAUGCACAAGCUAUUCCUCUCACACGGUUUUACUACAACAUAGUUAUUUUAGACAUUAUCAACUGACAAGCGGAGGAAGCGUCUGUAUUGAGCAGAUGAAAAGAGAAAGUAAUGUGUGUGUGUUUGUGAUAGGGCUGUUUUGAAUCUCGCUUCUCAAGAUUUACCUAAAUUUGCUCAUAAGGCUCAUACUGAUAUCUGUAAUUGCAUCAGCAAUAAUUCAAAGCACAAUGUCAUUCAGAUCCUAUCAGGUUUUUAAGGUAUAGUUCACCGAAAAAGCAAAAUGCUGUCAUCAUCAUGUUAUUUCAAACCUUGAAUUGAAAUUUAAGUCGGGUGUUCAUGGAUACUCUUAUCCUGUGUUUCAUGUGCGCAGUUCGCCUAUUUCACAAUAUGGCGACAAAGACCGGAAGAAGGACAAAACGUUUUCCUGUCGCACUGCUGCCAUAGCCAUUCAUUCAUUCAGCUUGUUUUUUUUUUACCAAAAGCAACAGUAGCAUAUGUUGUCCGGUUUGUUCAUGGUGUACUGGGAGAUGUAAAAAUAGGGAAAACAAACAUUACAAAAACAUUGUUUUUUGAGCGAUUUAUUUAUUAUCAAGGUCUGAUAUAUGUUAGACAAAUCAGCAUAAAGGAGCGCUACAUGCCUAACUUCUAGUCUCCGCAACUGUUCUGUGAAGUGAACGGAGCUAGAGCAUUGACCUGACAAGCGUUUGCCCUACUUCGGGUUUGUACAUAUCACGCUGUGAAAUAGGUCUAUAUACAGCCACACAAAUUUUUUAGACCAUUUAAAAAUUAUUUUUAGUUUUUCUAAAUUUACUAUUUAUGCCUUUAGGUAAAAUGAUCAUUUUUGUGAUCAUUACUACUUUUGUGAUCAUUACUCAUAACUACUAACAAUAUUACUCCCAAAUUUCAAAUAAAAAUAUUGUUUCUAUUUGCAUUUAUUUGCAGAAAAUGAAAACGGGUGAAAAUAACAGAAAAGAUGCUCUGUGUUUUUUCAGACCGCAAAUACUGCAAAGAAAACAAGUUCAUAUGAACUUUUAAGCAGUAAUAUUGGUACAUGUAUUUAGGAAAAGUAAAAAAAGAUUAAGUGAUAAUUAAGUGAGGUUUGAUUUUGUUGAAAUUUAACGGACACUGGACUGGAAUGACCACAAUACAUCUAGAAAUGCUGAUUAAAUCUCUUCAUUUGCAUCAUCUUUGGAGGAGACUUGAAUUAUAGUGCAUGUUAUAGUCUACUUUUAAUGUCUCAUUUUUACAAUCUUAUUCUUUCAUCAUAUGAAGAAAAAAGACUAAACUGAGGAAAUGAAGACAACAUGUUUAUUUUUGGGUGAACUAUCCUUUUAAACACAAGAUUUAGUGUGGGUGCUUUUUAUUUUGUAGUUCCUGUGCUAGAAGUAUUUUAAACUGUUGUUACAACAUCAUGAGAGUUCACAGAUAAACUCAACAUGUGCAAUGGGAAAACACCAGCUAACCAGCGAUUGAUCAUCACGUUUAGAUGUAGAAGGGGCACUUUUGAUUCCUUCAGGAAGUUUACCAUCAUCUUAAUGUAACAACGUUCAAUAUACGAAAGCUUUUAUCAGGUGGAGGAACCCCACCAUACCAAUGACCACAAAGUGGAUACUGACAAUUUUAUUUAAUCUUUGCUUUUAUAUUGAGCGGUCCGUGUAUUUGUUCCUUUGUGCAUGACACUGUUUGACAUGACAGAGAAAUCUUGUUCGAAAUGUACUAUGAACGUUAAAUGAUGUAACUAUGACGUUCAUCUUAAAUUAGCACAUUUGAAAACGUUUUUACAAUCCAGUAAAAGGUCCUUUUAUUUGUAACAUGGAUUUGUCCUGUAAAUUAAACGGUUUAAAAAUGUGCCUCACAAAUACCAAGGUUGAUAUUUAGGAACUCAUGUAUUAUAAUGUCUUUAUGUGGCUUCACAAGGGUCACAUGACCUUCUGUGACAGUGUUUAAUUAUAGUAAAACUCAUUACCUGAGAACAAAUGAUAAUUUCAGGACGGCGUGAUUAUAUUUAAACUACGUUCAUAAGCAGAAUAUUUUAAUGCAUACAUUAGGAAGUGCAAAUAAUAAAAAGGUAUCAUAAAUUAAAAAAAAGAUUUUUUUAUCAAUGUUUAAACAUUUCCCAGUUGUAUGCAUAUCUUGCCUCUUUCUGUUUUUUUUUGUUAUUGCUGUUAUCUUAAAUCUAGAGUCAAGUUUAAAUAGUUUGUGUGUUAUGUUAUUUGCUUUUUAUACAACAUUUCAUCAUCUGUAUUGAUUUUAAUCAUCUGUAUUGAUGUCAGCAUUGUUACGCCUCGAUGAAACAGGGUUUCGUUGUCAUUCACUACUCUACUGUACUUUAUGCUUUUAUAUUAUAUGCUUGACUAGGUUUUUCUUGACAGGUUUUACGUUGUAAUCUAGUGCAUCGAGAAAUCACCAGUUCUGCAAGAUCUCUGACCCAGUAGACACAGCACGACCUUUGACAGCCAUACCACAAUUACCAGUAACCUGACAAUGAAUAUAUUAAGAUUAAUCAUAUUUAGCGAGUAAAGUACAUUUUCUUCUUUUGUGUAAGAGUGUCUUUAAGAACACAGGUCAUUUGGGGGCGAGCUUCUCCAGCUUCGAAUUUGACUUGAUGUUUGCGUUUGUGCCCUUAUUCUUACAUUUACUGACCUAACAUGUUUUUUAGUUUGUGUGGUUUUGUUGAGGGUGUGGGAUGGGUUUCAGUAAUAAAAGAAUUCAUGUAACAUUUGUGAUGUGUUUUGGUUUUUAUAACGAUGACAACAUUGAAGUAUCUUAUGUUUAAAAGAUGUUUAAAUCACAUUCAGAUCCACUGUUUUUAGUUGAA